UUGAAGUGCACCAGAACCAUUGGUGAUUGAUCAGUGCUGUGUCUUGCUCGAGUCCUGUGUCUGCUUUCUUCUGAGACCCUGCUAUGAAAUAGUAGAGCUGUCUGCUUCCCAGUCUCUCCCUUCGAUCUACUAUAUAUUCUACAAACUAGCCUUUUACCCCAACUCAUCCAACUUGUGACACAAGAUUAGGAUAAAUACUGUCUCUGAUUCACAGUCUGGAUCUUUCUAGCCCAGAAUGGUCAACAUAACAUCCAAACUAACUGCGAUCUUCAGCAAAAAUGAUGGUCAAAGCCGAAAUAAAAAUGAGGGUACCUUAUCGUACUUUCAAGUGAUGGAGAACAAACAAAAUAUCAAUCCUAAUGAUCUCCAUGCUGAUCUGACUAGCAGUAACAUUGCCAACAAAAUUGAUCAAAAUAUCUACCAUGAUAGCUCCUACAACCACCACAAUCUUAAUAACAACCUAAAUGCUGAUUACACUGAUUUUUCAACUAUACCAAUUCAGCCACCAAACAAUGGAAACAAUGGAAAUAAUGACAAUUUGAACCUACCUCUAAUCAUAGCUUUAUCAUCGAGUUUUGGGGCAAUAUUAAUAGCAUUCAUUAUUCUAAUCAUAUACUUCAUCUGGCUAUAUAUCAACUCCUCCUUUAAUUUCAACAAUUCCGAUGGCAGCUCUAGCUCCAACGAUUAUUCUACAACCAGUUUUGUCAUACCAAAUGAAUACGAUGAUGAAGAGAACAUCUCUCAACAAGAAAAUUUAUACCUAAGUGAGCUUAGUGAUGUCGAUUUGAACUAUUACAAUAGUUCCAAAAUCUUCCAAAAAUUUAACCCCCCAACGAUUGUAUCUUAUAAUUCAAGUCUCACCGAUAAUGAAUAUAGAUCAAUAAUCGAUAGAGGUUUAGAGGCCUUUUAUUUUGAAAAUUCAACCACAAAUGAUUUAGAUGAUCUAUUCAAUAAUACCAGCUCGAACCAAAACCAGAUCUCAAACAGCAACCUAAAUAACACCAACUCUAACUCACCAAGCAACAAUGAUAUAAAUUUUAUAGUCCAUGAUAAAACAGAAAUAACAUUUUUGAAUGAUACCCCAAGCUGUGUCCAAUUGAAUUUACCACUACCAGUCAAAGAAAGAGGCGAGCAUGGUGUCUUGUAUUUUGAAACAAAAAUAUUCAAAUUGAAAAAAAAUUCAGUAAUUUCAAUUGGCUUAAUAACAAAACCAUACCCAAACUUCAGACUCCCUGGCUACAACAAGUUUUCGGUGGCCUAUGAAUCUUCUGGAAUUGCAAGAAUCAAUCAGCCUUUCAAUAACGCUCCAAACAUUUUACCUCCCUUAGAAGAAGGUGAUGUGGUUGGAAUAGGAUUCAAACCAAGAUUGGGCACAGUAUUUUUUACAAGAAAUGGUAAAAAACUAUUUGAAAUUAUCCACAACAUGAGGAUCACUCUCUAUCCUGCCAUUGGUUCCUAUAAUGGAACUGGUAACCAAGUAAACGUUAACUUGGGAAAAUACGGCUUUGUAUUUAUUGAGGCAAAUGUUAAAAGAUGGUGGUUUGCUCCUCCAAAUGGUGUAAUCGGUGCUCCUCCGGCAUAUGGUGAUGAUAACUUGAAAUACGUUGUAGUCGAAAGAGGCGAAAUACUACCACCUGAAUAUCCCUAUGAUGAAGAAACCUUUUUUGGUCCAAAAGCACUAUUGCUGCAAAAUCGAAAAAAAGCAAAAAUUAUUAAACCCAAUGAAUUCAAAAAUUGUAAACUACUCAUCAAGUAG